AUGGCGCACUCCCUCGCCGCCUCCUUCUCGCCGGCCGCCGCCCGGCGCCAGGUGACAAAUGUGAUUUCCAGCCGGAGCUCGGUUUCCUUCCAGAGCCACAGGAUGACUUCUGUAUCCAUCCGUUCAAGACCAAGUUCUCUUCGGUUUAAGAUUUGCUGUUCGGCUAAGAAAGAGACAGUUGACAAGGUUUGUAGUAUAGUGAAGCAGCAGCUGGCUCUUCCCGAUGGGACUGCUCUCACUGGCGAAUCAAAAUUCGCUGAACUUGGUGCUGAUUCACUGGAUACGGUUGAGAUUGUGAUGGGCCUGGAGGAGGCAUUCAACAUAACUGUCGACGAAACAAGUGCACAGGACAUUGCAACGGUGCAGGAUGCCGCGGACCUUAUUGAGAAGCUUAUGCUGGAGGCACCUCCGAAGAUGAGAUUCUGUAUUGAUGUUGCUGAGGAAUCUGAAUGGCUGAGGGAGACACUACACAAGUGGCUCGACGACGAGUACUGCCCAGAGCCGUCCAACGUGGACAUCAGCAGCACCGCUGCGGGGUCGUACCGUGAGUCCCUGAUAGCGGGGCAGUCUGACCUGGGAGAGAUCUUGCUGAAGAUGGUGGGCGACCUGGAUAAGCUGUCGUACAAGGAGAGCUUCCAUGGCCCCUUCUCGGCCGCCAACGCUGCAGUUCGUUUGAUCACUCAGAGGAUGGAGGAGUCACUGCCUGAUGAAUGA